AUGCCCCGUAGAAUUGCGAAUCCCUUCUCCAACGCUCAUUCACCCGCCAUGCCGCUCUCCGAGAAGGAAAGGAGACCUUCUCGUUCCGGCAAUCGCAUCACCAACUUCUUCACCUCCCCCAAGGGCGCUAAGGACAAGGACCACCAGACUGCCCAGCAAGCUCUCCUCGCCAUGCAGCAGCAAAACAUCUCGUCCACCCAAAUCACCCCUUCCACCAUCUCCCUGCCUACAAUUUCGCUCUCAACUGCCACCGCUGGCGAGCCCGACACCACUGACCCUCCUACGACCCUCUUUUCGCCUCCCUCGGCCGUCGAGACGGAGAAGAAGAGGCGCUUCGAUGCUCAAUUCGGCCCUCUCCUUCACCCUACCCACCGAUACGUGAGCAAGUCCAACGAUGGCAAGCCCUUGGACCCGCCCAUCAUCGAUGAGCCGCCCUACUACUACAUCCUCACUACCUACAUCAGCUACCUGCUUCUCAUUCUCUUCGGCCACGCCCGCGACUUUUUUGGCAAGCGCUUCGGCGACAAGAAGCAUUACCAGGCUCUCAAGCCCCAAAAUGGAUACGCUCCCUUGAACGAGGACUUUGACAACUUUUACGUUCGUCGUCUGAAGAUGCGCAUUGACGACUGCUUCGCACGACCCAUCACCGGCGUUCCCGGCCGCUACAUUACCCUCAUGGAUCGCGAGUCUAGAGACUACAACAGAACCUACAACUACACUGGCACACACACCGAGACAUUGAACAUGAGCUCCUACAACUACCUUGGUUUCGCGCAGUCGGAGGGCCCUUGUGCCGAUGCUGUUGAGGAAUGCGUCAAGAGAUACUCUCUCAGCACUUGCAGCCCCCGCGCUGAUGUCGGUACUUCGGACUUGGCUCUGGAGGUCGAGAAGGAAAUCGCCAGCUUCGUCGGCAAGCCCGCUUCCAUGGUCUUCUCCAUGGGUUUCGUCACCAACGCUAGCUCGUUCCCCGCCCUCGUCUCCAAGGGUUGCCUCAUUCUCUCUGACGAGCUCAACCACGCUUCCAUCAGAGUUGGUGCUCGUCUCUCCGGUGCGGUCAUCUCAUCCUUCAAGCACAACGAUGUCGUUGAUCUCGAGCGCAAGCUUCGGGAGGCCAUUUCUCAGGGUCAGCCCCGCACCCACCGCCCCUGGAAGAAGAUCCUGGUUGCCGUCGAAGGUCUGUACUCUAUGGAGGGCACCAUGUGCGAUCUCCCCGGCGUCAUGGCAUUGAAGGACAAGUACAAGUUCUACCUCUUCAUCGAUGAGGCCCACAGCAUUGGCGCCGUCGGGCCCCGUGGCCGUGGUGUCUGCGACUACUACGGUAUCGACCCCGCCCGUGUCGAUAUUCUCAUGGGCACUCUUACCAAGUCUUUCGGUGCCAAUGGUGGCUACGUCGCCGCUGACAAGAGCAUCAUCGACAAGCUCCGUAGCUCCAACGCCGCGACCACUCUUGGCGAGUCGCCUGCUCCUUCCGUCCUCAUGCAAAUUCUGGCCUCUCUCCGUUUGAUCACCGGCGAGCUCUGCCCCGGCCAGGGGGCUGAGCGCCUGGAACGUAUUGCCUUCAACUCUCGCUACCUACGUCUCGGUCUUAAGCGCCUCGGUCUCAUCGUCUACGGUCACGAUGAUUCCCCCAUUAUCCCCGUCAUGCUCUACAACCCCGGAAAGAUGCCCGCCUUCAGUCACGCCAUGCUCAAGCGCAAGAUUUCCGUCGUUAUUGUCGGCUACCCCGCAACGCCUCUUAUUAGCUCGCGUGUCCGAUUCUGCGUCUCUUCAGCCCACAACAAGGAGGAUCUUGACAGACUCCUGGCUGCCGUUGACGAGGUUGCCGAUCAACUUCAGAUCAGAUUCUCUACUGGUAUUGCUGGCGGACAGGAGCCUCUUCCCGAAGGCAUCACUCCCGAGACGGAAGCUGAGUGGCGCAAGGCGAACGGCACGGAGGGCAUGUACAAGGCUCCCCGCUGGAAGCUCGAGGAUGUCAUCGCUCGUGGAGUUCAGGAUGCCAAGAUGCGCCUUCGGUAA